ACACACCCUAUUAGUAGGACACCCCAUUAUAAUAAACGAGUUGAGAAAACACUCCUGCUUCUCUCUAGGAAAGUUUCGCACCCUCAAAAGUUCGAACUUCCUUAGAUAGCUCGUCACUCCCGAUUGCUCUCCCAGACAUUCCAACGAAUUAAUCCCUGUAUAACCGUGUUCCUCUUGCUCGUAAAUCAUUUGUCUUGCAUAUCUACCGAUUGGAUUUGUAAGAAAGUGAUUGCUGAGAGAGAAUCGACCCAUUUUGGAAACCCCAGUUUCGCAGAUUGUACUGUUCAUCCCCGAUUUAGAAACUCCACUUAGAUCCCAUUGUAGACGGUUGUUUGUGGAAGAAGACGGUUCCCUGGGGGUCUCCGACCUCUGGCGAACCUCUAGCAACUGGUUUCAGGCCACCACAACGCCGCCGUACUGAAGGAAGAAAGGAUCCGUUGCGGACGGCUACUGUUCACCACAGAGCGUUGACCUCAAAUUUCUCUAAAGCCUAUCGUCCAAAUUGAAUUCUAAAGACGGUUUUGGAAGCAUCUAACCUAGGCGAAGCCAGUAGUACCGGUUUUAUCAGGUGGAAGUAAGAUUUCUAUUUCUCCCCAAAUUCUUGGGUACUGUAGCACUACGCAGGUUACUUCCUUACUUGAUUUUUUUCUGAACUCACUGCAUAUUGUGUUUAGUUUGUUGUUUGUUCCUCUGCUUCGUUAUCACUUGGCGAGUAAUUUGGAAUUUUUUCAGAUUUUUCUGGGAAGUUCGAAUUUACUUGAGUACUGUUCAUCUUCCCUUUCCUAUCUCACUGCCUGCUACAGUAAUUCCUGCGAACCUUUGACUAGUUAGGAAUUUUUUCUGGAUUCAAUACUUGUCCACUGGGGUAAAGGUUUAUACUGGUGUGUUCCUAACUUCAAGGGGGUUGUGUGAAAGUAUUUUCAAAUUUUUUGGAAAUAGUUUGGGUUGGUGAACACUGCCUUGAAUACUACUGCUUGCUUUUUCUGUAUGUUUGUGUUUUUCUUACUAACUUUUCAGGCACACUUAAGCUCUGUACUGGGGUUAGGUUAUGCAAACCUAUCCGAUGACAAAGAAAAACAAGAAGAAUCAUACUCCUCCUCCGAAGGAUAAUUCUUUUGACGCAAAGAUCAAGAUGCUUAAUGACAAGAAGGAGCUCGAAGACAAAAAGAAAAGUGGAGAUCAAGUUCUUGCUCCUUAUAUUCCCAAAAUUGCUCCAAGUCUUACUAUUAAUCCUACACAUUCAACUGUGGAAUCUUCGAAAGAAAUUACUUUUGAGAAGCAAUCUGCUUCAUCAACUGGAGUCUCUCCAAUUGGGAAUGCAAAUCACAAGAAAGAUGACUUGAUAGAGGACGAGUCCGAGACCCUUGGAUCCAUCGAUACUUACUCAGAAGCUAGCCUCGAUGCCACAUCCAAGGAUGAGAAAAAUGAAAAAAAGGGGUGGGCCAAUUUAUUUCAAAACAAUCGUUCUCUAUCCCAUGGCAUGAAGCUUGAAUUUAUCCCACCUAAGGGAGAUAUUGUGGAUUUCUCAAACCGAAAGGUGCCCUCCAUUAUUGAUAUAUGGGGAUAUUGCUUGGUGGGGAUCUUCACCGGGAGAUUUCCCGGUAUCAAAGCGGUGCUUGAUCUUGUUAAUACAUGGGGUGUUCAAUGCAAACUGAAAAAACAUGAUAAAGGAUGGACCAUAUUCCAAUUCAAAAAUGAAGAGGACCGUACCAAGGUCAUAUCCGGAGGGCCAUAUUCAUCCUAUGGUAAGGCCUUAUUUCUAAAGGUCUUAUCCGACGACUUUGAAGUUGAUGAUGAGGAAUUUCUUAAAGUCCCUAUUUGGAUCAAGCUACCCGGUCUCUCGGUCACACUAUGGAACAAAGAAGAGAUUAGUGAACUUACUUCACGGGUGGGGGUGCCUAUUGUUGCGGAUCAAGUCACUCUUACUAAAAUGAGACCUAAUUUUGCUAGAGUGCUUGUGGAGGUGGACUUAUCUAAACCGCCGAUCCUUGAAAUCCCUAUGAUUCAACCAUCCGGGAAGAAGAGAAUACAAUAUGUGUAUUAUGAAACAUAUCCUAAUUAUUGCUAUGAAUGCAAAAAAUAUGGGCAUGAUCCUUUCAAGUGUAUGAUAUUGCAUCCGGAACUUAGUGAAAAAGUGCAAGAAGAGGCGACUACUACCAAAAGCAUUACAUUGAAGCAAAUUCAGCCUAAUGUGGUUACUAAUGGUCAAACCGAGGAGACCUCUUUCCAAUUGGUGGUACCAAGGAAGAAUAAAAACCAAUCCUCAACAAAAAAGAACCCGAAUGCCACCAAAGUGGCCCCUAAGGUGGCUGGUUCUACAGUUCCCAGUGGGCCGAAUUUAAAUCUUGGAAAGAAAUUUGUUUGGAGAGGAAGAAAGAUCAAAAGUGUGCACCAAUUGCUCUCGGAUGACAUUAUAGUUGAUUUUGAUACCGAGGAGGAUGGUGCGACGGUUGUUUUUGUUAAAAAACAACAACAAAUCAAAGGGCAAACCCCGGUGGCAAGACUUGACAUUCAUACGCUUAAGGAAGCUCAAAAGGAUUCACCGGCAAUCUUUAUCACGGACCCUUGCUUGGUGGGCCUCCCGGGUGUAAAGCGUGCCAAAAAAUGGUAUAAUUUUAAUAAAGAAAUUUUUAUUCCUAACAUUGCAUCUUUCUUUGAUCUUGAAGCUAGGCAUAAUGUUGAGUUCGCACGUGCAAGAGAACAAGCAAUGGAAGUUGAGGAAAGGAUUAAAGUGGAAAGGCGUUCCAAGGCCAAAGCCGCGGCUCAAUUGCAUGACCCGAUAUAUGUGAGGAAGAAACCAUACAAGGAUUGGGGGGAACGUCUAGUCAAUAAUGUUUAUGAACUAGAUGAGGAAGAUGUGAUUACGUGCAUGGAGUUUGAUACGGAUGGGCAUAGAAUUGUAUAUGCAGGGAAGAGGGAACUUCUCCCUUUUAGUAUGCCUAUAUAUCGAGUGGGUCCUGACUUCAAAAGGGCAAAUUUUGAGGAUCCCGGCAUGAGCUUCACUCUUGAGUGCAUCCGCGAACUGCCUGGAGUCAGCCGCGAGGGAGCAUGGUUUAAUUUUGACACUUCUAUUUUUAUUCCUAAGGUUGUUGCCUUUUUUGAUGAUAACAGUAUAGAGAAUGUGGAAGCCCGAAGGGCAAUGAAGGAAGCGCAAAUAAAAGGAAAAGCGAAAGAGAAUGGGGAUGAUUCGGAGGAAGACCGCACCUCCAACCCGGAUGAUUUGGAUGAUUAAGGUUGCUUCGUGGAAUGUAAGAGUUUUAAGGCGUAGGGCAUUAUGGGAGCAUCUCACGUCGCUUGGUGACCUAAUUA